CCCACAUGUCCUGUUGGCCUUCCCAUUUCCUCCCCUAUCCGCCUGUGUCCGUUUACUUAGCCGGAGUGGCGAAGUAUUACAGCAUUUUUGCCUUGAUUCCCGUAACGAGCGCAAGACAAUGCAUGCUGGACUGAAACCUGAGCUUGAGCUGCAGGUGGUUGCAGAUGCAGUGAAAAGGUCAAAGAGCAUCGUUAUUCUAACGGGCGCCGGAAUUAGCACGAAUGCAGGCAUUCCAGCAGUUGUUAAGGAUGUACAGUUAAGGGUAAAUAUAUCUUCUACGUACGAGCACUUCUAGAUCCCUUAAGGACUCCUAUCCUGUUUAAGCUCUUCACCAGAGUCCGCCGGACCGCCCUAAAUAGCGGUACAACGUACAAAUAUCGCUUUAUUAGCGAUCUAAGCGUAGCCGGGAGCUCGUUAGGAACUAUACGUGGAAUAUAAACGAACCCGAACAAAACGCUAGUCUCUAUAAUACCCUACGGAGGGGUCCGGGCCUUUGGACUCAGGGCGUCGUUAGAGGGCAGGACCGAGGAG